GCGCCGGAGCAGAACGCUCACAACCCCUGGAGAGGGCACAGCCAGCAGCAGCAGCGAUGCUUUGCCGAAUGCACCUCGCACCAUUCGCCUCCAGCUCCCUGGCCACCCGGCUGGGCACGGUGAGGACCCUCUGGCCGCACGCAGAGACCAUCUUCACUGAGCUGCAGCAGGAGAUGGAGAAAGCUCGGGAGUUCAUGAGCAGCUUCGAGCAACUCCUGAGCAGCCAAGGAGCCACCGCCAUGGAGCGAGCCCCGAGCACCAGCGCAGCCCUGACCCAGGGCUCCGUGGAGGGCUUCUCCAUCUGCCAGGACGUCAAGAACUUUGCUCCCGAGCAGCUGUCGGUGAAGGUGGUGGGCAGGAAGGUGGUGCUGGUGGGGCAGAAGGAGACGCAGAGCACGGACGAGAAGGGCUCCUUCUCCUACAAGUACGAGGUGCUGAAGCGGGAGUGGGACGUGCCCGAGGCGGUGGAGGCCGAUGAGCGGGUCAGCCCUGCAGCCCCACAGCCUGGAACAGCCUCUGAGAACGGAGCCACCGCCAAAGCCCAGGCGUAA